AUGAAAAAUAUAAAUCACAGACAACAUUUCUGGGAAAGUACUACUGUCAAUAAUAAGAGCUACACCAAUCCUGAAAAUUCAAACACAGGGAACAAGGAAUCCAACGAGAAAGGACCCAUAAAAGGGAGCACCCAUCACGUGCUAAGCAAAAAGAAAAAGAAUAACCAAACUGCGAGUGCUGAAAUUACCACAGAGGUGAGUAGCGCGAGGGAGAAUCCAUGUUUGAACUGGCGCACUGUUAGAGGUGAAGAGCUCAGUGGAGAAAAAAAAAAGAGUAACAAAAAGGUGAAAAACGAAACGUUCAAUUCGAGAGUCACUGCUGACAAAAGAAGAAACAACGCCAAGGGAGAUACACCUGUUCCACUUAAGAAAAGCGGAGAAGGGGAAAAAUUAUUGGAGAAAAGGGAAUGCCUUCUGAAUAGGGAGUCAACGAAAUUUCAUGAAAAAACGGACAUUGAAAAUGACGCGAGCGAUUUUUCCAAUUUGAUCACUUUUGAUGAUCAGCCAACGGUGAGUGAAAACAUUCCCAUCCAAAAUAACCCCCCCCAUGGCACACACAGGGAUGCACUCAGGAGGGAUGACCUGGAAAUUUCGUUAAAAAAUGUUCAUUUCGAUAUUCACUUGGAUGAUCGCGCGGGAAUUGGAGGAAUCCACACGGAGACCGUUCCUGAGGGGUGUGCUGCCCGCAAUGGCACCAGGGGUGGCAACAGGGGUGGCAACAGGGAUGGCAGCAGGGAUAGAAGCAGAGAUGGCAGCAGGGGUAGCAGCCGGGAUAGCAGCAGAGAUGGCAGCAGAGAUGGCAGCAGGAAAACCAAACAUGGUCCAAGUGGAAAUGGAGGGGUUGGGAAGAACCCCCACAAUGGCACUAACACCGCGAAGGCGCAUUUCGCAAAAUUGAACAAGGAAGAAAAAGACGAAAAGGAACUACUACUGGAGCAUAUAAAAAGGCUGGAGUAUCAAAACAAUAUAUUUCUCAACAAUUUGUUAAAUGUGUACUACGUCUGCAUGGACUACAUCAAAAUGCAGGAUGAGAAAAUAAAAAAAAAUGAAGAAAUCAUACUUUUCCAGAAUAAAAUUAUAAAAGAUUUAAAGGCAAGUGAACACUUGGAGGAUACCACAGUUAAAAGGAGAAUUAUGACGCUGUUAGUUUUCUUCCUAAUCGACGAAGCCGUUCAUCCUUUUUUUGCCCUAUUUGUGUAG